AUGGAGCUCACCGUACUCCUUCUCCUUGCUCUGCUCACCGGACUCUGGGUCCUCCUGGCCAGAGGCCGCCCAAAGGCCCAUGGCCGCCUCCCGCCUGGCCCCCGUCCUCUGCCCUUCCUGGGGAACCUUCUGCAGAUGGACAGAAAAGGCCUGCUCAAAUCCUUCCUGAGGUUCCAACAGAAAUAUGGGGAUGUCUUCACGGUGUACCUGGGACCAAGGCCAGUGGUCAUCAUAUGUGGGACAGAGGCCAUUCGGGAGGCCCUGGUGGACCAAGCCGAGGUCUUCUCUGGCCGAGCGAAGAUCGCCGUUGUUGACCCAGUUUUCCAGGGAUACGGUGUUGUCUUUGCCACCGGGGAACGUUGGAAGGCCCUUCGGCGAUUCUCUCUGGCCACCAUGAGGGACUUCGGGAUGGGAAAGCGGAGUGUGGAGGAGCGGAUUCAGGAGGAGGCUCAGUGUCUGGUGGAGGAGCUUCGGAAAACCCAGGGAGCCCUCCAGGAUCCCGUCUUCUACUUCCACUCCAUCACCGCCAACAUCAUCUGCUCCAUUGUCUUCGGAAAACGCUUUGACUACAGAGAUCCUGAGUUCCUGAGGCUGCUGGACUUGUUCUUCCAAUCUUUCGUGCUCAUCAGCUCCCUGUCCAGCCAGGUGUUCGAACUCUACCCCAGCUUCCUGAAGUACUUUCCUGGCUCACACAGGCAAAUCUACAAAAACCUGCAGGAAAUCAAUGCCUUCAUUGGCCGCAGCGUGGAGAAGCACCGUGAGACCCUCGACCCCAAUGCCCCCCAGGAUUUCAUUGACUGCUACCUGCUCCGCAUGGAAAAAGAUAAGUCCGACCCCCAAAGCCACUUUGAUCAUCAGAACCUCAUCAUCUCUGUUCUGUCGCUCUUCUUUGCUGGCACGGAGACAACCAGCACCACGCUCCGUUACGGGUUCCUGCUGAUGCUCAAGUACCCGCACAUCACAGAGAGAAUCCACAAGGAGAUUGACCAGGUGAUUGGCUCAUAUCGCCCUCCAGCCCUGGAUGACAGAGCCCAAAUGCCAUACACGGACGCAGUCAUCCAUGAGAUUCAGAGAUUUUCGGACCUCAUCCCCAUUGGCGUGCCCCACAUGGUCACUAAAGACACUCAUUUCCGAGGGUACAUCCUCCCCAAGGGCAUUACUGUGUACCCCAUCCUGAGCUCUGCCCUCCAAGACCCACGCCACUUUGAGAAGCCAAAUGCCUUCUAUCCUGGCCACUUCCUGGAUGCGCAGGGCAACUUCAGGAGGCCAGAAGUCUUCAUCCCAUUCUCCAUGGGAAAACGCCUCUGUCUGGGUGAGAGCUUGGCCCGCUCAGAGCUCUUCCUCUUCUUGACCUCUCUGCUGCAGAACUUCUCCUUGGGUUCUCCCAAGGCCCCUGAAGACAUCGACCUCACGCCCAGGGAGAAUGGGCUGGGGAGAGCGCCCCCUGUGUUCCAGGUCCGCUUCCUGCCCCGCAGAGGAGGGGGAGGGCAAGAAGAGGAACAGAUAUCCUCUGAGUCCUUGCAUCUGGCCCCUGACUCUGACUGGAAUUAA